CUCCCAUGGAUUCAAGUGAGCAGAAAAUAUGAGAAGGAGGGUUUAGCAACAUUUUACUUCGGUGGAGAAAAAAAACACAGGAAGUAACUGGAUGCAACGUAAUCGGCUGUUAAAUAGGGACAUCAAGCUCGCAUAAUCUUUAUAAAGUUCGUAAAAAUUGGAUGCGCCGGGAUUAAAUAAGCGAUCACCACGGUGGCUAUAAGGAUUCAAGUUUUCCGACAAGAUGAAUAAAGAUCUGGAGCAGGGCGAUGUUGUGGAGCAGAACAAGGUGAAAACCCUCCAGUCUCAGGUUGAUGGGGUGAAGGAUAUAAUGACCCAGAAUGUGGACAGGAUACUGGCCCGUGGAGAGAGGCUGGAUGACCUGAUGGGCAAGUCAGAGGACCUUGAGGCCGGGGCUCAGAACUUCAAACACACGUCCCAGAAGGUGGCUCGUGCCUACUGGUGGAAGAACAUGAAGUUGUGGGUGUUGAUUGUGGUCAUCGUCCUUGUCAUCAUUCUCAUCAUAGUACUGCUGUCCACUGGCGUCAUCCCCACCAGCUCAACAAGUCCCACUACACCCACUAAAGCGCCCUAAACAUCAAAGGCACAUUUAAAUUAUAAACACACACAGCUAUUCGUACAACUACUGUCAACACUUUCGCUUACUUCCAAAAUAGUCAUUUCUUUAAUGAGACAUCCAACUUUGAGAGACAAACUCAACUUGUAAUCAUUAACUACUGUUGAUUCAUAUAGUCAAACAAUGCAUCCUCACUUUGAAAUGAUGUAUUUGGGCUUUUAUGAGUAAUCCUAACUUAUUUGCACAUUUCCUGUUUUCCCAAAUACAUUAUUGUCUCAACUGUUGUGCAAUAGAACAUUUAGGCUUUACACCCGAGUCUAACCAAUAUUAAGUAUUAUGUGGUACAAUUUGGCAACAAAGUCUAAAAAGAGAUCAAAAUUCAUACUGCCAUUUAUAUUGUCUUUGUGUCAGUGCACAUGCAGGAUAUUAGUUUGCAGCAAAGCAAUUUAAUAUAUUUAUCUACAUUUGCUACAGUUCACUUUAUUUGGUAUUUAAAAUCAAGAAUUAUAAAAUGGAUGGUUUCUGGUGAUACUCGUCUGUCAAGGGCAAAGCCCAGAACAGAUUUUUAAGGUUAUUAACAUGGGAGAUCUCAAGAAAAGAUUUCUGCUGUAGGGCGUGCGUCUGUCAUAGUUACUGUCACUGAAUUUUUGAAAAUGUUUGUGUUGUUAGUCUUUUCCUACUUUUUAUCGUAUUUGAAUGCGUUUUAGCCAAGAUGGUUACUAGAAUGGUUGUUACAGUUUUUUGUUUUGCAAGAAGGGCAAAUAAUUUCUCUGACUUGCAGUGUUACAUUUACAGCAAGCAGUGGCGACCACAGAAAAGGCUAGAUAGAAGUGAGAGUGGGAAAGAAAGAGAGAAGGAUGGGAAAAGUGAAAUGUCUUAGACCAUUAUCAAUGACGUCAUGCUAUGAUGACCUACGCUGGUUUCUAUGGUUCCUGUCCCCAAACCCUGACUAAUUCUAUUCCAGCUGUGGCUGAUUUAAUAUCUAUUAAUUCUUCCGGCUGGGCCAAAACGAAUACCUCAAACUUCUAUCUCAAGCCUUUAUGACACAUCACAGAUGUGUUAGUGUCUUUCUACAUCAAGACUGUAGCCUUCAGUUGUAGUUUCCUGUUAAUCAGCAAAAAGUAAUCUCUAUCUUCCUAUAUUUUUUCAUGCACUAUGUAACUUGUUCAUGUGUUCAUCCAUAUAAUAUAAUCUUGACUACAUUAAAACUGCAGUAUAUUGCAGAUUUGUUUUUGGUAUAUGUAUUCUUUAGCUACUUAUGCAUUUUCUUAUCCCACUGCCAACUAUAAUGUUACAAUACCAGUAGAGUUUUGCAGUGGUUAAGGAGGUCAUGCUCAUGCUUGUAUAUAGUUGAUGUUCUCUCAUCUCUUUGUACAUUUGUAAAGCAGCCACAUUGUGUAAAAAUGAGGUUCAUUUGAAGCUAUUUAUACACACUUAAUUUUCUCAUCCCCUCUUAACUGCAUAUUAUUUGGUUGUUUUCAUAUUACUGCAUUAAUGUUUUUAAUCAAUAUUACAAAAUGAAGGAAAAGGAUAUAGUAUGAUUAAGUUAAAUAUUGCUUCAAUUCCAGGUUUCUUUAACUAUUGGUCAGAAUAUUGGCCCUAGGCAUGUGAGAGGUGGCUCACAAUUUGGGAAAAUGCAUAAAUAUUCACACACUAUUUAGUCAAAAAUGUUGGCGACCAUUUGGAUCGUGGGACUGUAAAUUUCUCAUUUGAGUCUGAUACUGAAAAAGUUUAAUAACGCCUGCCUUAAUUAAAUGUAUAACAUUAAAUUCUUAUAACAAUUUCACCAUGUGCCUUGCUGGAGUCUGCACCUUUUAUUGGGAAAAAUUCAUUAAUAGUUUCCCUUGGAUAAAAAUAAACUAAACAGACCAACAAUAUAAAAACAUGCUAAGGUUAUAUGCAAGACUUCCAGUUCAAUAUCCAUUUCUGUUUAUUUCCCCUAGGAAUACUGUCUGAAUAUUCAGAUGUGUUGCCAUGGGGCCCUAGGCCAGAGUUAACUGCAUUUUAGAUGAGUAGGAUGAAUUCACUGGUGUUGUAUCCGAUUAAUUGCAUAAUAAAAGUAUUUACUUGCAUA